AUGGCGCUUGAGACAGCCAUUGAGAGCUGUGGCGCGGGCGAGGGGCUCCUCCGGAUUGUCCAGGACAUCUAUAGCGGUGCAACAUCGUCAGUAAGUGUUGCCGAGGGGAAGACCCCUAACAUACCCGUGCUGUCUGGCAUCCGCCAGGGGUGCCCAUUGAGCGGACUGCUCUUCAUUAUGGCAGUAGACCCAGUUGUCUCGGCGCUGCAAGGUACAGACGCUGGCCACCGGGUCCUGGCCUUCGCGGAUGACCUGUGCCUACUUGCAGAUAAUGCGCCGGACCUCCAGUCUAAGAUCAAUGAUGCCAGGGAAGGACUCGAACGUUUAGGGCUUAGCAUCAACGCCAGUAAGUGUGCUUCCCUCCAUCUGUCGGGGCGUACCCCUGUUGGUGUGCGAGAUAGCAUCUUUCGGAUCUCGGGAGUCCCCAUGAAGCCUCUAGCAGAAGGUGAUGCAGCCGCGUUCCUCGGUGCCCAGGUGGGCUUUCACGUGAUCCCCCACAAAUCAACGCUUGCCGACAUUAUCGACCUAGGCUUGAAGCUUGCCAGAAGUAAACUAGCGCCUUGGCAGAGGAUCGACGCCCUCAAAACCUUCUUCUUAUCCUCUGCGGUUCACCUACAGCGUAUGGGAACCUAUUCGAAAUCAGACUGGAAGACAGUGGACGAAAUCUUGAGGCCCGAAAUCAAGGCCACCCUAAACCUCCCGCAGGAAGCUUCCAACGAGUACCUAUACGGGUCCACCCUCCGCGGAUGCUGCGGGAUAACAAAACUAGCGGAGGACUCCGACAUCGCGGCUGUCGACAGCGCUUUCAAGUUACUCACCUCCCCUGAUGGACGGGUCACCAGGGAAGCAGUUGACCAUGUGAGGGACGUAACCCGCCGGAGGAUUGGCCGGAUUCCCUCCAACUCUGAAGUGGGUAGUUACCUCUCCGGCGAGAACGAGGGGCCCUUCCGCGAGACGCGUGGCGGUGGGGUUGCCAGUGUCUGGUCCCGUGCCCGCAACGCCUCCGGGCGUUUGGCCGCGUCCUGGUCGUUGGACGGUCCUCUCUCCAUCACACAUGCCGGAACUACGAUGCGCGCAAAACAGAGGAGGGAAGUGAUGAAGACGAUGCGCGACCACUUCCGCGCUGUCAGAGGUACGACCCUGAUCGAGAAACCGGACCAGGGCAGAGCCAUGGAGUGUGUGGCUGCGCACGCCGCGUCUAAUCACUUCCUAAGGGCCGGUGACUUCUGUAGGUUUGCCGACUGGAGAUUUGUCCACCGUGCGAGAUUGAACUUAGUGCCGCUGAACGGCUCCUCGUCCUGGAGGACUGGUGACCGCCGGUGUCGACGUUGUGGGAAUAAUAUUGAAAGCCUCGCCCACGUCGUUAACCACUGCAUGCGGUACACCAGUCUCUUCAUGGCGAGACACAACUCCCUUGUGGCUCGACUGAAGAAAGCGGCCGACGGGAAGUUUGAGGUCGUGUCGGAGAACCAGGCGAUUGGCGCUCAGCGCCUUAGACCCGACCUCAUCCUUAGAAGGGGCACAACCACUUUGAUUAUUGAUGCCACAGUACCCUUCGACAACAGGAUGAAGGCCUUCGAAGAAGCUGCAGACGAAAAUAGAGCCAAAUACGAGGAGCUGAGAAAGGAGAUCGCUGCUGAACACCCUGGGGAGGUAACAGUGUUCCCGUUCAUUGUUGGCUCCCUGGGCUCCUGGGAUCCGGCCAACGACGUGCUGGUGAGGCAGCUGUGCAGCAGAGCCUACGCAAAGCUCAUGCGGAAGCUAUGUGUUAGCGAGGUCAUCGGGUACACCAGAGAUGUCUACACCGAACACAUCUCCGGAGUUCGAGCGAGGCAUGGCUGA